AUGAAAUCAGAAAACUACACAGAUGUGUUGGAAUUCCUCCUUCUGGGCCUUUCGCAGGAUCCAGAACUGCAGCCCUUCCUCUUCGGGGUGUUCCUGUCCAUGUACCUGAUUACUGUGCUUGGGAAUCUGUUCAUCAUCCUGGCUGUCAGCUCUGAUUCCCACCUCCACAUCCCCAUGUACUUCUUCCUAUCCAUUUUAUCCUUUGUGGACAUAUCUUUCACCUCUACCAUUGUGCCCAAGAUGCUGCUGAACAUCCUGACAGGGAACAAAGCCAUCACUUACACAGGCUGUCUUACUCAGGGAUAUUUUUUUUUGGUUCUUAUGUGUAUGGACGGUUUACUCCUGACUGUGAUGGCCUAUGACCGGUAUGUGGCCAUCUGUCUUCCUCUGCAUUACAUGGUCAUUAUGAACCCCCAUCUCUGUGGCCUGCUGAUUCUACUGUCCUGCGUCAUUAGUAUCAUGAACGCCCUGCUCCAUAGUCUGAUGGUGCUACACCUGUCCUUCUGCACAGACCUGAAAAUCCCUCACUUCUUCUGUGAGCUUGCUCAGAUCGUUAAGUUGGCCUGUUCUGAUACCCUCAUCAAUAACAUCCUGGUGUAUAUAGUAGCUAGCCUAUUGGGUGUGGGUCCUCUCUCUGUAAUUAUUUUCUCUUAUGUUUGCAUCAUCUCCUCUGUCUUGAGAAUUCCAUCAACAGGUGGCAAGUAUAAGGCUUUUUCCACCUGUGGAUCUCACCUGUUUGCUGUCUCCUUGUUUUAUGGAACUUCUGUUGGGGUCUACCUUAGCUCUGCAGCUCAUCUGUCCCCCAGUAGUUCAGCAGUGUCCUCAGUGUUGUACACCGUGGUCACACCCAUGAUGAAUCCCUUUAUCUAUAGUCUGAGGAACAAGGAUAUAAAGGGAGCCUUGAAGAAAACAAUUUCUGCAAUAACUUACUUUUUAUGA